ACACUUCAGAUCGAGGUCUCUUUCUCUCUCUACUGUUGAAUGUCUGCGUGCGAUGAGAGUGGAGUCCAACCCACAUUCACACCCACUUGAGCCCUAAUUGCCGCUGCCGUUCAAUCGGGAGGUUUAUUUUGGGAGAUCAGGAAUGGCGGCCAUGGCAGCGCUGUUUGUAUGCUUCAUCUUCGCCGGUCAGUUGUCUGCGGCGUCUCAGCACCACCGCCACCGCCACCGCAUUCUGCACCAGCCGUUCUUUCCGCAGGAAUCGGUUCCACCGACACCUCCGCCGCCGGUUCCUAAAUUGCCGUUUUCCACUUUGGCGCCGCCGAACAACAGCGCCCCAUUCUUCCCAUCUGAUCCCCCCUCCCCUCCGCCGCCGCCCUCGCCGGCGUCGUUCGCCUCCUUCCCAGCAAAUAUCUCCUCCCUCAACGUCCCUCACCGAGAUAAAUCCAAGCCCGCCGUAUCGAAGGCGUUUAUCGGAGCUGCGGUCGCCACCGUCGCCGCCGCCGUCGCGAUUGUCUCCUUCGCCGUCUUCCUUCACCUCCGCAAGCGCGGCGGAGCUGAUAGAUCGUCGUUCGGAAACUGCUCUAAAGCCGCGAGAUCCGAUAGCAACAGCAGCACUGCUACCCCCAAUUUCCACCCUCCGCCGAGCAACAGCCAUAUUCCCCGGCUUCAGAGACCUUCGCAGACAAGCUCGGAGUUCUUAUACCUCGGUACUUUGGUUAAUUCGCAUCCCCCCGGCGCCGGCAUUGUCGGCAAUCGAAGCAGUAGCAAGGCUAAGGAAGGAAACGCCUCGAAUUCGAAUUCGAGGAAAAUUGACUCGCCGGAGCUUCGACCGCUGCCGCCGCUGAGCACGCAGCAGAGUUUAGGUCGAAGCUACCGGAACACCCAUGGCGAUGUCGCGUCGAGUAAAGACGAUGAAGACGAAGAGUUCUACUCCCCCAAAGGCUCGUUAAAUGGUCGGGAGAGUUCUAUAGGAACUGGAUCAGCUUCUCGAAGGGCUUUCCACGCCAUAGAUGUGGAGAAUUUCAAUGUUUCCGGUUCCAAUUCCUCGUCGACCAACUCCUCGUCAGUUUCUGGAUCGGUUUCAGGCUCUCCGGCGAGGUCGAUUUCUCUGAGCCUCUCUCCGGAAAACAGUUUGAGUCCGAGAAAUUCGAUUCCAAAGUCGCCCGACUUGAUCGAGAUUCAGGCGAUUCCGCCGUUGAACCGACAAAUGCAGUGCUCCCCUCCGCCGAUGCGCAAGGAAUCUGCAUCACCGUCGCCGCCUAGCUCAUCGUCUCCGGAGAGGUACUCUCGCAGAAGCGAAGAAUCUUCGCCGAGGAUUUCCACCGAUUCUCCGACGAAACUCCGCCGUCCUCUACAGCACACAAUCGAAAUUCCACCACCGCCUCCACCUCCGCCUCCACCUCCACCGGAUAAUUUCUUCGUUUAUCCAUCCCCGCCGUCACGACCAGCACCUCCUCCUCUUCCCGAUCUCUCUCCACCACCAAUUUCCGUUCCUCCCCCCCCUCCGCCACCACCACCAUCGAUCAUUAAACUGUCGGAGAGCCCCAAAACUCCAACUCCCACAAAAACCCCUGUCGGCGCGCCCCCUUCGAUUAAGCCCCUAAGACCCCUUCCCAUGGAAAGCCCCAUUCUAGUUUCUCCAAUGGAGCUUCCCCAAAAUUAUACAGAAAUUGCAGCCAACGCCAACAGCCAUAGAUCUCCAAUCGACCAAGCAGAAGAACACUCGACCGAAUCCUCCACUACCGAUCGGAGCGAGGACACGACCCCCAAACCGAAGCUAAAGGCCCUGCAUUGGGACAAAGUAAGGGCGAGCUCAGAUCGGGAGAUGGUGUGGGAUCAACUCAAAUGCAGCUCUUUCAAAUUGAACGAGGAGAUGAUCGAGACAUUGUUCGUUGCCAACAAUCCGAAACCGGCUCUAAAGGAAGCAACCCGAUGGCAGGUUCUCCCCACGCCGGGGCAGGACGGAAGUAAUCGUGUUCUUGAUCCAAAGAAGGCACAGAACAUUGCUAUUCUGUUGAGGGCUCUAAAUGUGACUGUGGAGGAAGUUUGCGAAGGCCUCGUCGAAGGUAACACUGAGACUCUGGGCGCCGAACUUCUCGAGAGUUUGUUGAAAAUGGUGCCGACCAAGGAAGAGGAGAGAAAGCUCAAAGAAUAUAAAGACACUUCUCCAACAAAGCUCGGGGCUGCCGAAAGAUUCCUCAAGGCUGUCCUCGACGUGCCGCACGCAUUCAAGAGAGUCGACGCAAUGCUCUACAUAACCAAUUUCGAAUCCGAGGUCGAGUACCUCAAGAAGUCGUUUACAACCCUCGAGGCGGCCUGCGAAGAACUGAGGACGAGCCGAAUGUUCUUGAAGCUUCUAGAAGCCGUGCUGAAGACGGGAAACAGGAUGAAUGUCGGAACAAACCGCGGCGACGCCCACGCAUUCAAGCUCGACACGCUCCUCAAGCUCGUUGACGUCAAGGGCGCUGACGGGAAAACAACGCUGUUACACUUUGUCGUUCAGGAAAUAAUAAGAAGCGAAGGUGCCCGUCUUUCUAGCCAGAACGCAGCUGACGACGUCAAGUGCCGAAAGCUCGGCCUCCAAGUCGUUUCGGGCCUCAGCUCUGAGUUAUCCAACGUCAAAAAAGCUGCUGCGAUGGACGCCGAAGUGCUCACUAGCGACGUGUCGAAGCUCUCCAAUGGUAUCGGGAACGUAGGCGAAAUCGCAAAGUUAACCGAAUCGGAAGACAUCGACGGCAACUGUAAGUUCUCGGACUCCAUGGCCGGAUUCAUGAAAAAGGCCGAGGAGGAAAUCAUUCGGAUCCAAGCGCAGGAAAGCGUUGCCCUGUCUCUAGUGAAGGAGAUAACGGAAUACUUCCACGGAAACUCUGCCAAGGAAGAGGCUCAUCCCUUCCGGAUAUUUAUGGUUGUUCGCGACUUCUUAGCGAUCCUCGACCGAGUCUGCAAGGAAGUCGGGAUGAUAAACGAACGAACCACGGUCAGCUCUGCGUAUAAAUUUCCGGUUCCCGUUAACCCGAUGAUGCUGCAUCAAGCCCCCGCCACCGCCGGGGACUUCGCCGUCCGGCGGCGCGGCAGCUCCUCCGAUGAGGAGAGCUCGUGAUGUUUAGCUAAGGUAAAGAAAUCAUUUUCAUUUUGAAAUUUUAUUUAUAUAUAUAUAUAUGUGUAGAUGAUGCAAUGUAGAAUAAUAUUUUGGAACUACGUCGGAUUAUUUAUAGAUGAUAAUGAUGAUAUAAUGUUGUAUACAUAGAAAUAUCUUUUGGGGAAUAAGUAAGGUAGUGUUUGUUGUCUUCAAGCGGAGUUCAAUUUUAUU